AGGACCUGAUCUUCUCAAGUGUCACUAUAACACAAGAAGUUGUUCUCCUCGCGGAGCCUACAGAUUCCUACAGACCUUCUUCUUCAUCGUUGUGGGAGCUGCUUCUCCUCUGCGAGGUUUGAAGUCACCAUGUCUGACACCGAAGAAGUGUAUGACGAAGAGGAAGCCCAGGAGGAGGUAGUAGAGGUAGAAGUAGCCCCAGAGGCAGAGGCUCAGGUAGAAGCAGAGCCAGAAGUAGAGCCUGAACCAGAACCAGAACCAGAGCCAGAACCAGAGCCAGAGGAGGUGGUUCAAGAGGAGGAAGAGGCCUAUGAAGAGGAAGGGGAGGAUGAGGAGAAACCCAAGUUUAAACCCAGUGCUCCGAAGAUCCCUGAUGGAGAGAAGGUGGAUUUUGAUGACAUCCAGAAGAAACGUCAGAACAAGGAUCUGAUCGAGCUGCAGUCGCUGAUCGACGCUCACUUUGAGUGCAGGAAGAAAGAAGAGGAGGAACUCAUUGCGCUCAAAGAAAGAAUUGAAAAGCGUCGUGCAGAGCGAGCUGAUCAUCAGAGGAUCCGUGCUGAGAAGGAUAAAGAGCGACAGGCCCGGCGCGAGGCUGAGCGGAUGAGAAAAGAGGAGGCUGACAUCCUGAGGAGAGCUGAUGAUGAAGCUAAAAAGAAGAUAGCACUCACCAAUAUGGGGUCAGGUUUCAGCAGCCAUCUGCAGAGGAUUGACCAGAAGAGAGGCAAGAAGCAGACGGAAAGAGAAAAGAAAAAGAAGGUUCUGGCUGAGAGAAUCAAACCCCUGAACAUCGAUAGUCUCUCAGACGACCAGCUGAGGGAAAAGGCCAAAGAGCUGUGGGAGUGGCUGCAAAACCUGGAGGCAAUUAAAUACGACCACACCGAGAAGCUCAGCAGACAGAGAUAUGAGGUGGUCUCUCUCAGAAACCGUAUUGAUGAGCUGCAGAAACAUAGCAAGAAGGGAGCUGCCUCUCGCCGCAGGAAGUGAGCAGAGAGCAGGCCAGCCUCAGCGUCCACAGCUGCUCACAGUCCGAGACAACAUCUGGACCAUCUUCCUGAGUGCAGCCGUGUCAGGACAAAUGUAGCUUCAAUAAAAAAACUGCUCAAAA